AUGGGCCUCCAGAGCACCAAGCACUCCAAGGUCAAGCAAGCUAACAUACUGAUGUUAGGACUUGAUUCUGCAGGGAAAUCUACACUGCUGUACAAGUUCCGGUACAACGACGCUUUUCUGACAAUGCCAACCAUUGGCUUCAACGUGGAUAUGAUUGAAACAGAGAAGGAUUUCACACUGACGGUUUGGGAUGUUGGAGGGCAGGAGAAGAUGAGGCAGGUCUGGUGCCGCUUCCUGGAGGACGCGGACGGGCUGCUCUAUGUGGUGGACAGCUCUGACAAGCAACGUCUGGAAGAGUCAAAGAAAGAAUUUGAACUCGUUUUAAAGAAUGAAGGUAUGAAAAGCAUACCCGUGGUGGUGCUGGCCAACAAGCAGGAUGUGCCCGGAGCUUUGAACGCUGAAGAGAUAACCAGGAGGUUCCACAUGAAGAAGUACUGCAGCAACAGAAACUGGUACGUGCAGCCCUGCUGUGCUGUCACAGGAGAAGGUUUGUCAGGAGCUCUCCGGACACUAACUGCAUUUACCAAGCAGUACAGGAGAUCAAAGGAGACUUUGACAGUCUUUAAGGAAAUCAAAACACCUUAA